AUGGAUAAAUUCAAAAUUUUCUUCAUUGUUCCUCAGAUUCGAACUGGAUUUGGCACUUCAUGCGGUAGAGUAGUUUUACGUGCCAACUCAGGUCCAAAAGAAGAAGAUGAUACCGUUUCGUUAGUGGCUGGUGGCGGAUCUGGCCACGAACCUUUUGCAGCGGGGUUCGUUGGCAGAGGGUUUUUGACGGCCGCUGUAUGUGGUGACUUGUUUACUUCCCCUCCACCCGCCUAUGUUUCUGCAGCGCUUGAAGCGGUCAGCGAUAAAAGAGGUAUUGUUGUUCUUGUAAUCAACUACACUGGUGAUAGAUUGAACUUUGGACUUGCUGUAGAACGCUUCAAUGAAACGCACACUGCUAAAAACCCAGCUUUUAUGGUGGUAAUUGGUGAUGACAUUGCAUUAGAAGGAGCUAAAUGUAGUAAUGUUGGACGUCGCGGGUUAGCUGGAGCUGUGUUGAUCAUGAAAAUAGCUGGAGCUAUGGCUGCGAAAUACAUGCCGGCAGAAAAGAUUGCUGUCGUUGCGCAACAGGCAAACGAUUGCGUAGGUACAUUGGGGGUAAGUCUCUCAGCCUGCAGCAUUCCUGGGAAAGGCCCUAUGUUUACCUUGGGGCCCAGUGAAAUGGAACUAGGUUUAGGAAUUCACGGCGAACCUGGGUGUGAAAGGACCUCACUUUUGAACGCCAAAGACACUGUGGAUUUGCUGCUAAAACGCUUCGAAACUUCAAAAAAGAAUUGCUUAGCGAAAGAUUUCAAAUUGGCUGUGCUUCUAAAUAACCUUGGAGGGACGUCUCAGAUUGAAAUGAAUGUAAUUGCCGGCGAAAUUCGAAGCUGGUUGCAUUCUCACGGAUACUUAGUAGCCCGCUUUUACUCCGGUACAGUGAUGACCUCAUUAGGGGGACAUGGAAUCAGCAUUACUAUACUCAAAGUGAUUGACGACACAUGGCUAAACUAUUUAGAUGAGCCCACUAAUGCUCCUGCUUGGAGUUUCAAAGACUGUGAUGUCAAUCAUAUUUUUAAUUUUCAACAUGAGGCGAUAAAAGAGAAGGAAGAACAAAAGGAACCAUUCACUGGAAUGAAUUUAAGCCAAGAAGAUGGUGAAGUUUUCUUAAAAAGCCUCCGGGCUGCUUGUAACUCGAUCAUAGAGGCGGAAGAAAGGUUGAAUAAACUCGACAGCAAAGCAGGAGACGGCGACUGCGGACAUACUUUGGCACGAGGAGCUGCACUUGCUAUAAAUUCUUCAACUACAGGGGUCCUUUGCGCAGUUGAAGAAGAGCGAAUACCCUGCAGCUAUCCAAAAAAUGCUUUUCAAAUAAUUUCAAAAAUUUUUGAAGAAGAAGUAGGAGGUACAGCCGGCGCGCUUUACGCAUUAAUGUUCAAUGCAGCAGCUGGGGCUUUUACUAAUGCAACUUUACCCAGUGUAUGGCACUUAGCUCUGAAGAGAGGUCUUGAAGCUGUUAUGAGGUAUGGGGAAGCACGUCCAGGCUGCAGGUCUAUGGUGGACCCAUUACAUGCAGCGGUGAACGCAAUAAGUGACGGGAUAUACAACAAAGAAAGCUGGGGGAAUUUUGUCAAGGCAGCUGAAAGGGCUGCGGAAGCGACUGCUUCUAUGACAGCCUUAUGUGGUCGUGCUAGUUACACUGCAAAAGCAAUGCAAACAGAUCCAGACCCUGGUGCUGUCGCCGUAGCAGUUUGGAUCCGCGCCGUCUACGAAUCGACCUUCUCGUAG